AACAUAAAUUCCACCGACGGAACGUGAACAGUGUAACACCACGCGGAAGUAAACAAAAGACCGUUGAUACUGGUCGAACUUUCAUGUUUUCACUGAAACACGGUGGUUUAUCUGUCAACCUUGGAGCUGAAUUCGUUGUUAUACAUUAAAAAUGUCUUCCGUCGAGUGUUUGAGAGGUUUCAUCAACGAGCGACUAACUGCUGCUGCUGAAGAAAUAUUCGGAGUUUUUCAGAAAACUAUCGUCAAGUACGAGGAGGAGAUCGACCGUCAGCGCAAACUGCUGGAUAUCUUUUGGAAACCAGAAAUAAAGUUACACAGGAUAGAGCUCCCACAGCAGCGUGUCUGUACGGAGGACGAGGUUCUCACUGACCAGCUGCUCUGUAACCAGGAGAGGAACUCCAGUCUGGACCGAGAGGAACCAGAACCUCCACAGAUUAAAGAGGAGCAGGAGGAACUCUGCAGCAGUCAGGAGGGAGAGCAGCUUGUUCUGAAGCAGGAGACUGAUACCUCUAUGUUGAUUCCUCCUUAUGAAGAAAGUGACCACAGUGGACCAGAACCAAACAGUGACCACCAGCUCCUCCCUCACAACUCUCAUGUAGCUGAGAGCCAAAAUCAGAAAGGAGGCAAACAUGGAGACUCGGGAUUAACUAAAGCUGCAAAGAAAAAAUCAAAGAAAAGACAUAAUGCUCACAAAAAUGAAAAGCCCUUUAAAUGUGACACAUGUGGGAGAGAUUUUCUGCAGAAAAGUUACUUAAAUGCUCACCUUACGAUUCACACAGGUGAAAGGCCAUUUUCUUGCAACACCUGUGGGAAAAGCUUCAGAAUGAGAAAAUCAUUAAUUCUUCAUAUGAGAGUCCACACAGGUGAGAGGCCAUUUUCUUGCAAAACCUGUGGAAAGGAUUUCACAACUUCUCGUAACUUGAUGGUCCACAUGAGACUCCACACAGGUGAGAAGCCAUUUUAUUGCAAAACCUGUGGAAAGGAAUUCAGAUCUUGUAGUAACUUGUUCAGCCACAUGAAAGUUCACACAGGUGAGAAGCCGUACCUUUGCCAAACCUGCGGCAAGCAAUUCUCUUGGCGGUCAAAGAUGAAAAGACACGUAAGAAUACAUGAACGUAAAAAUGUGAGUACCCGCAAAACCCAGGAGGCUGUUCAGACUUAAACCUGCUGUAAGGGAUAUUUUGUCAUUAUCAUCAGUGUUAAAGAGUGCUACAUUCCAACAUCAAUCACAGUUACAGAUUGUUUCUCUAGUAACCCAUGUCACUCCUCCACCUGUUCAUGCAGUACAAGAGAAUAGACAUUUUCUGGUCUCUCUGACCGCGCUAUCCAAUCAGGACAGAGAACUCAAGAAAGAGGCGAUCCUCUCUGUUUCUGAACACUCAGAGAGCAGGAACCUCCUGUUGGCUGUCAUGUCUGAUGAUUACUGCUGCACAUUCAUGUGGUGACGAUAAGAGGAGAGAGGGGAUUGUAAACUGGAGAAUGGACACAAAGUUAGCUGAACCUAAAACAACAGUUACAGUGGCUUUAAUCAUUACUACAUGUCCUGGUGAGGAGCAGUAUAACUUCAACAGCUAUCAGAGAUGUUUUAGUCUGUGUCAGCUGCUAAGGUUCAUCAGAUAACUGUCAGAGGUGAGGAGCUGCGUUGUUGCAGCAGUUUUGCUCAAAUCACAUCCUCAGAAAAACAGCAGAGGAUCAGCUCACACAGGACAAACCAUCAAUGAAAUGCUGUUCGCAACAGCUAAGUCUCUGUAAGUGAAUGUGUACAAUUUACCACUGAGAUGAGGCCACCGUACAAUGCAGAACAUCUUUGAACUUUUGAAUUAUUUGUGUUCACUACUUCAGUAACAUGAGUGGACUGUGAACUUUGCUGAAGCUGACAAACUCUCUAGUGGUGUUGGAGCCUUUUGCCAGCAGCACGUCAUCUGAAUUUAUACUUUUAUGUACUUUUGUGUUUUAUGUGGUGUUCUGCUGUUUUUUGUUUUGUUUUUUGUUUUUUGUUUUUGUGUAUUUACUCUCACAAUAAAGCUACAAGAUUCAAAUUGAA